AAGGUGGGCUGCGCCCACACAACGAAAUCACAAUUUCGAACCGAGCGAAUAAACCCCAAAUUUCGUGACCUCGAUUCCACGGUCUCCCAUACUAACCAAGCAGCACAUCUGUCCCGCCGUUGACAUCGCUGCUCCGUCAAGAUGGCUGUUGGCAAGAACAAGAGACUGUCCAAGGGCAAGAAGGGCCUGAAGAAGAAGGCCGUGGACCCCUUUACCCGCAAGGACUGGUACGGCAUCAAGGCCCCUGCGCCGUUCGCCAUCCGAGAUGUCGGCAAGACCCUGGUCAACCGGACCACCGGUCUCAAGAACGCCAACGAUGCCCUGAAGGGUCGGAUCAUCGAGGUUUCGCUGGCCGACCUGCAGAAGGAUGAGGACCACUCCUUCCGCAAGGUCAAGCUCCGGGUCGAUGAGAUCCAGGGCAAGAACUGCCUGACCAACUUCCACGGCCUCGACUUCACGUCGGACAAGCUCCGUUCGCUCGUCCGCAAGUGGCAAACGCUCAUUGAGGCGAACGUCACCGUCAUGACCACCGACCACUACCUCCUCCGCCUUUUCGCUAUCGCCUUCACUAAGCGGCGCCCCAACCAGAUCAAGAAGACGACCUACGCUGCUUCUUCACAAAUCCGGGCGAUCCGGAAGAAGAUGACCGAGAUCAUCCAGCGCGAGGCCUCGAGCUGCACCCUCACCCAGCUCACCUCCAAGCUCAUCCCCGAGGUUAUCGGCCGCGAGAUUGAGAAGGCUACCCAGGGCAUCUACCCUCUUCAGAACGUUCACAUCCGUAAGGUCAAGCUCCUCAAGCAGCCGAAGUUCGAUCUGGGCGCCCUGAUGGCCCUCCACGGCGAGUCGAGCACGGAUGAGCAGGGUCAGAAGGUCGAGAGGGAGUUCAAGGAGCAGGUCCUCGAGUCGGUAUAAAGGGGUGUUGAUAUUGGGAACGCACUGGGCAGGGUUUUCAUCAGCAAUACCUCUCUGGGGCUUUGGGCUUGCUUUCGUUGCAUUUGGCGUGGUAUCAUGGUACAGUAGUCAAGGUAACGAAUUUCUUCCGUCCCGACGGCGGAGCGCGCGGAAUCAAAAAGGAUGGCCAAAAGACCGUGACACAAGCACCACAGCAUUUCGCAGCGA